CCGCUCGGCUCCCGCUGCCGCUCCCUCUCCCUCCGGUGCCCAGCCCGGCGGCAGCGCAGCGGCGGCGCCCGGGGGCGGCGGCGGCGGCGGCGCGGAUGCCCGGCCCGCUCCAUCCAGGAGGCGGCAGGGACAUUAGCCGGGGGGUCUCACAGCUCACCCGCGGGCUGGGAGGAGCUGCGAGCGGCACAACAGCCCCUGAAGCACGACCCAACCCCGCCCUCCGUGUAUGAGGCUGGGACGCAGUACGCAGGACCCGCGUCCACAGAGUCACUCCUUCCGAUGUCCCGGCAUGAGACUUCUCCGACAACGGUGCAACCCGCCAGCCACCACCGCCCCAACGCCUGCUGCUUCUGCUGGUGCUGCUGCUGCAGCUGCUCGUGGAACGAGGACCGAGAGCGAGCAUGGAGGGCAUCCCGGGAGACCAAACUGGAGACCAUCCCAAACUGUGAAGCAUGUGCCAAACCCACGCCAGAGGAGGUGCAGGGCUGGGCACAGUCCUUCGACAAGCUGAUGAAGAGCCCGGCGGGGCGCAACGUCUUCCGGGAGUUUUUGCGGACUGAGUACAGCGAGGAGAACAUGCUCUUCUGGCUGGCAUGUGAGGAGCUCAAAACCGAGUGCAACAAGCACACCAUCGAUGAGAAGGCCAGGAUGAUCUACGAGGAUUACAUCUCCAUCCUCUCUCCCAAGGAGGUGAGCCUGGACUCGCGGGUGCGGGAGGUCAUCAACCGGAAGAUGCAGGAGCCGUCCUCGCACACCUUCGACGACGCACAGCUGCAGAUCUACACGCUGAUGCACAGAGACUCCUACCCCCGCUUCCUGAACUCUGCCAUUUACAAAUCGCUGCUCCAGACCGUCUCCCACUCCUCCUCGGAGUCCUAAGGGCACCCCCCAGCCGUGGGGACACCAGUGGGGACAUGGUGGCCAGGGGCGGUCGGUGCCUCCUCCCGCCCUCCUUGCCAGACCUCACCGAGUUUUUAGCUUUUUACCUAUGAACUGUCACCCCGGUGUCUGGGCCACACUCCAGGACUGUCCCCAGGACCCAGCCUGGGCCAGCUCAUACUACUGAUUCUCUGCCCCGUCCCCAGCGCUGGCCAGGGCGAGCUGGGACAGUGCCUGGGGCCUGGCUCCCCCACACCCUCUUGGGAAGAGGUCACUUUAUCCCAUCUCCACCACACCUGGGGACACAGCUCGUCCCCAUUUGCCACCUGAGACCCAGUUUGGGACUGGGUUGGGGGUUUUUUGAGGUGGGGGGGAGGUUGACUGUUGUUGGUUUGGGUUUGUUUUUGUUUUGUUUUUUUUUUUUUAAUUUUAAAUGCUCUUUUGGUUGGCUUUUACUGGGGGACUUGAGGUGUGGGAGGGAGGGGGUUGACAAGCAUCUCUGUAUAUAUAAAAACUUGUCAGGUUUACCUCGUUCCAGCUGUUUGAGGUGGCCCAAAGGGCAGGGGGGUGGUGCUAGAGCCUGUUUGUAUUGCCAGUGGAUCCACAUGGAGCAGAGGGCAGAGCUCUGAGGAGCCAGAAGGGACCAUGGGGAUGUGCUUAGGGGUGGGCAGGGGGUGUCUUAUAGCUGCCUCCCCUGCCAGUCCCCAUGACACAUCAGCACUGCUUCAGCCCUAGGACACCACACACUGUCACCCCAAAGCAUUCUCCAUCCCUGUUCAUGGACCUCAGAGAGGGGGAAGACACCUGUGCAGGUGUUUUUUGCCCUCCUGCAGAACCCACAGGCACCAGAACAUCUGCAUGAGAACUCCCAGCUGGCCCAGACCUGCCCUGCCAGCAGGGAGAGGCCCAGGGGUCCGCCCUGGUCCCUCCCUCACUGAGCAGGGACCUGGGCUCCAGGCAGGAUGGGAAGUGUCACAGGGAGGAAACAGAAUUCCCAUGUUUUUGCACAGCACAAGGAAUGAUUUACUGAAGGCUCAGCAUCCAGGAUUAAAACAUGUCUGUCCCUGCCCUUCACACUGGAACAAAGCCAACACAGAGGUUUUGCUGCCAGUCUUUGCUUUUCCUGAUCCACCACAGCAGUUUCUUAUUUAUCCACCCCCUUCCCUCCUCUCUUCAGCCCUUCCAAAAGAAAAAUAAGUGCUUUUUACUGAACAUAUUUUUUAAACAAACCAAUUCUUUCAGGUUUUUUUGUUUUGUUUUGUUUCCUUCCUUCCUCAUGGCAUGACUGUGUGGAAAUUCAUGUCAGUAAAUUUAGUUUUCUUUGCCAAGCUGGAAAUACAGUUCAAGAAAAUAUAUUUUUGAGAGAGACCAGCAAUGGUUUAUUAGGAAUGUUGGUAUUGUUAUUACUGGCAGGUUUUCCCCCAGUCUGCACCCUUACAGCAUCCCCACCCUGCACAGGCAAAGUUUUAGUUCUGGGUUUAUUCUGUGAGUAAAGGAAAUACUCUCAAAUGUGGCCCCAGCGUGAGGGUUGGAGGUUGAACAUCUCUGAAGCUGUUCUAGAGCAUGGCAGGGGGUCAGAGCCCCUCCACAUAUCACAGAGGUCUCAGCACAGGCAAGACCCACUGCCACGAGAUAAUUAGUUUUUCUCUUGCUCCCAAUCCCUUUUAAAGCAAAUCUUUAUUUCUGAAACACCUCUUUAUCCAGUGUGCUUUCCCUCCCUGGCUCUCCUUGGUGUUAUCCCAGAAAACAACACUCUAAAAUGACAUGGUACUUUUCCCAAGCUCCAGCUUGGGACUCUUGGUACCUAAUUCAGGAUUGUCAGAAGGCUGUACACAAGCUCAGCUCCGCUCCUCACAGGAACACAAGAAGAAAGGCAAGAGGCACUGGUAAAGAGCUGGCUCCCUUUCCCAGCACACGAGCCAGUGCUGUGGUCAGUGUGGGUUUCAGAUGCUGAAGCUUUUUUUUUUUCGGCAUCACUGCGAGGACACUGCUCCCUCCCAAGCCUGGCUUGAAUAAUCCCAUUCACCACAAGACUCGUGAGGCUUAAAGGAGUUGUCAGCAUCUUUGAAUAUUUUCCUUCUUGGGAGACUUGGCUGCACCCUGUAAAGUGAAAGCCCUGAGCGAAGGAUGCUGGUGGGAUCCCUGCCUCCGGAGCAGCACAGCCCUCAAAGGGGCUGGGAGCACGUUUUCCGCUGCUUUCAUGUGGCUGCUCACUCCUCUCCAAACAUCUCCGAGGUCUCUGCUCAAUGUCUGCUGUCUGGCAUGCUGGGAAGCCAGUGGAAAUACUUGUUUUUCACUCUGGAAGAGGGAAGCGAUGCCAUCAGAGAUGUGACUGCAAAUGAUCCUGCCCUGCCCGUUAGCACAAGAGCUGGAGGGCACAGCACUGCUCCCGGGCAGCCUCAGACCCACAGACCUUGCUGGGGGGUCCACCAAAUGCUGCAUCACCCCAGCUAAAGGCUAUGACAAGGAAAGAAGAGGGAUUUUAAGUCUGGCUGAAAGCUGUUGUGAGCUCAGAUGGAAUUUCCCCACCAGGUUUUAGUUAGCUCCCAGAAGGAGCCUGAUUCUGCAGGUCUCCUCCAGUCACAUCUGCAGAUGUGGCACCUGGGGCUGGCUUUGCUACAGGAUCCUUUCCUUAUCUGACCCCUUCCAAGCACCAGCUCUGAGCUCACUUCAAACCUCCUCCACUUCUACAGCUAAAUGCUAACAGCUCCCACC